GCAGUUUGAUUAACGAAGCACACGUGCAGAGUAUUUAUGCCUUACGGACAGCGACUGGCCACUGGCCAAAACACUUUUUCUUCUAUUGUCCGUCUAUUCUCACUGGUAUGACAGGCGUCGCGUAUAGAUAUUAAUAAAACACGAAUCCACUGGGUUUAAAAAUAAAGCAAACAGCGCGAUGAUGCGUGCAAAAAGCUCGUUCAGCGACAGAGCCGUGUAUACGCGUACUGCUGUGUCUCAAAACGUAACGCGCAGUCGCGAAAAUUUUGCCAAUGAAUUCUUGGAAGUAGGACUAUGGCUUAAUUUAUUGAGAAGCCCAGACGAGCAGAGUUGGCCUAUCAAAGAUCCGCGCAUGCAUAAGUCAGGCAUCUUGCGGUUACUCGGUUGAUAUAUUGGUAAUACAGCUGGUUUUCGUAUUCGGCGAAAGACUUCCUUUCGGUUAAUCAUUAACGAGCGCAGAAGUGCGCAAAAAGGAGAAAUGUUAUACGCAGUAGAACUUCGGUACACGGGGUAGUACAGUUCGACACCGAAAUACGCUCUGACAAUACAAAGUUUGCAUUUGAACAACAUCGAGACAAUGAACAACCAACAAAUGAACGAAGACUUAGCACCGAUACCAUUUCGCAUCCUCAAAUUCUGCGGCUGGUGGCGACCGCUGAACAUGUCGACCUGGCGCCGAGCCGUCUACAGCUGCUUCACGGUCAUAAUGCUCACUCUUCUGGUCACCAUCACGUUGACGGUGUUGAUAGGGGUGACCCAAAUGAGCGCCACCGACGACCUUUUCGCUGACAACGUGUUCCUCAUGUUCGCCUUGAUCAACUCCGUCUUCAAGGCGACGAACGUUCUCUUGUCCAGGAGACGAUUCAUCAAGAUGUUGGAAAUCGUUCAGGAUACCAGGUGGCGAGAUCUGAGAAACGACGAGGAGAUUGAGAUCCAGGACCGAUACAGGAAGACUAUUAGUCUUCGUCGCGAUAAUCCUGCGAGUAGUGGCACCUCUGCUCGAUCUCAGCGACGAGAUUAAACUCCCGGUGGAUGCUUACUGUCCUUGCGACAUCCGCCAUUCGAGCUGCUACUGGACCCUGUAUUGGCACCAAGCUUUGGGCACUGGUGUGGCAACCUUGACCCACGCAGCUAAGGAUUGUCUCAUCUCGGCGCUGCUGUUACAGACCUGUGCUCAGCUGGAGAUUCUGAAAAACAGACUACUCAGCAUCGCGGAUACGUGCGUCGUGGCAGGGAACAAGACGGGAGCAGCGGAUCGCGUGGAGAAGCUGGAGCAGAAACUGAUUGGCGACUGCGUUCGCGAUCACGAAAGUAUUUUCGAGUUUGCGAAAAUCCUCAAUGACAGUCUCAACGUCAUGUUGUUUGGACAGAUUGCUGUAACCAUACCGAAUUUGUGCCUGAGCAUCUAUCUGCUGUCCACUCAGAAGAUCGCGAGCAUGGACUUCAUGAUGACUACCCAGUUCUUCUCGGCGGUCGUUAUUGAACUCUUCUUUUUCUGCUGGUACGGCAACGAAGUCACGUUAAACAGUUUGGACGUUGAGAAUGCUAUCUCCGAAAUGGAUUGGACACUUCUUUCAACGAGAUCCAAAAAGGACUUGCUAAUGAUGAUGGUGCGCACGUCGAGACCCAUUCUAUUUAGAGUCGGGCCAAUAAUGAACAUGAAUAUUGAUUCAUUUUUGAGCAUCAUGAAAACAUCCUAUUCUGCCUUCAGCGUUUUGCAGUCUACUGGAGAUUAGCCAAUGUUUAUAAAAUGAUUAUUAAAGACAAAGUAUUUAGUGCUGACAAAAUAAUUAUUUUACUACUGCGAAUGCAAAAAAAAAAGACUAUUUCUAUUAAUAAAGUGGCGCUGGAAAUAAU